CGUGUGUUUUUGAUGUUUUGGUCUGUUUAUUCGAGAAGAGAGUAGAUUGAUAUUUCAUUUGCGGUUUAAAUAAUCGUAAUAUUCAAAUUAAAACGAAAUGUUUAGCGACUGCAAUUAGUGUACAUUAUUGGAUACAAAAAAGUCUGUGCGGAGACUGUGUGGUUUAAAACUAUGUUGUUUUAAUCAAUGAUCCCAUUAUACAUAGACACGUAAAAUUAUUUAUUUUGAAACAAAAGCCAAUUAUUACGGAACCAUGAGUCGCUUACAUCUUUUUUUAAUUUACUUAUGUAUUAGUCUCUCGGCUGCUGAGCUUUUCGGCCCAGAGAAACGUAAGAACAAAGAGAAAAUGGCAGAAGAUGACGACCCUCCUGAGGACAGUGAAGCAAAAGCCAAAGCGACUAUGGAGUAUCUUACUAGGCUUAGGCAGGACUUGGUUUAUCUGCAAAACGCUGCGGAUGCGAUGAAAGACAAAGUUGAGAAAGAUGAAGAAAUAGCGGACACUUUAAAAGGACCCAUGUUGGACACCGGCACAAGGAGCAGUAAGGACCAGGACACUGAAUAUCAGAAAGGAGAGACAGGAUAUGAUGACAUCUUCUCUACUAUACAAGAUUUGUCUGUGGAAAAAGAGCCAGAGUUAACUCCAGAACUGAAAGAAGCCAAGGAGCUGUUUGAUGCCGCUAUGCAGAAGUUAGAGCGGCGGUCUGCGGACGUGCGCGGUGCGGUGCAGCAAGUGCAGCGCGCGGCGGAGCGCGGUUACGCCCCCGCUAAGGUCCAGCUCGCGUGGUCUUACAUAUUCGGCGAGGGGCUUGACCUCGACAUCGACAAGGGAAAGGAAAUUUUCGAGGAACUGGCAAAUGAAGGGAACGCAGAUGCUCAUGCUGGCGUGGGGUUCCUGUACGCGACGGGGCUGGGCGUGGGCGUGUCGCAGGCGCGCGCGCUGCUGCACUACACGCUGGGCGCGCUGGGCGGCAGCGACUUCGCGCAGAUGGCGCUGGCCUACCGGCACUGGGCCGCCGUCACCGUGCCCGCCUCCUGCCCCAAGGCCAUGCAGCUGUACAUGAAGGUCGCCGCCAAAGUGGCGGGCAAGGUGUCGCUGAGCGGAGGGCCGGCGGUGCAGCGCGCGCGGCUGCUGGACGAGGCGGAGGGCGGCGGCGGCGCGCUCGACACCGACCUCAUCGAGUACUACCAGCUGCUGGCCGACAAGGGUGACGUGCAGGCGCAGGUGGGUCUCGGGCAGCUGCACUUCCAGGGCGGGCGCGGCGUGACGCUGGACGUGCGCAAGGCGCAGCACUACUUCCAGCAGGCCGCCAACGCCGGCAACGCCGUCGCCAACGCCUUCCUAGGAAAGAUCUACCUGGAGGGGGGCGACGGCGUGAAGGCUGACAACGAGACGGCGCUGCGCUACUUCCGCAAGGCCGCCGAGCUCAACAACCCCGUGGGACAGAGCGGGCUCGGUCUCAUGUACCUGCAGGGGCGCGGGGUGCCGCGGGACACCACCGCCGCGCUCAAGUACUUCACCAUGGCGGCCAACCAGGGCUGGGUGGAGGGCCAGCUCCACCUCGGCUUCAUGUACUUCGGCGGCAUCGGCGUGCGGCGCGACUUCAAGCAGGCCAACAAGUACUUCUCGCUGGCCUCGCAGUCGGGCCACGUGCUGGCGCUCUACCACCUCGCGCAGAUGCACGCGCAGGGCCUCGGCGUGCUGCGCUCCUGCACCACCGCCGUAGAGCUGCUGAAGAACGUGUGCGAGCGCGGCGCGUGGAGCGCCCGCCUGAUGUCUGCGCACGGGGCGUGGCGCGCGCGGAACUCGCCCGCAGCCCUCACGCAGUACCUCGCGCUGGCCGAGCGCGGCCUCGAGGUCGCCCAGAGCAACGCCGCCUUCAUCCUGGACAUCGGCGAGUCGGCGCUGUUCCCGGGCGAGCAGCGGUACCGGCGCGCGCUGCAGCUGUGGGGGCGAGCGGCCGCGCAGGGCUGCGCCGGCGCCCGUCUCAAGCUCGGCGACUACCACUACUACGGCCUCGGCACGCCGCUCGACCUCGAGGCCGCCGCCUACCACUACAGGAUAGCGUCGGAGCAGCUGCACAGCGCGCAGGCGACCUUCAACCUGGGCUACAUGCACGAGCGCGGGCUGGGCCUGGCGCGAGACCCGCACCUCGCCAAGCGCUGCUACGACCUGGCCGCCGACAGCUCGCCCGACGCCCGCCUGCCCGCCGCCCUCGCCCUCGCCCGACUGCACGCCGCCGCCGCCAUCGACCACAUCGCACAUACGGUGAUGGAGAGUCCGCUGGCCUGGCUGCUGCUGUCGGCGGAGUCCAGUCUGCAGACCAGCUGGGACGUCUACCUCAUCGCCGCGCUCGCCGCCGCCCUCGCCCUCGUCGUGCUGCUGCGCCGCCCGCCCGCCGCGCCCCCCGCACCCCCCAACCACUGACCCCCCGACACCCCCCGCCGGGUGUCACACAUGUCACGUAACUGACACACCGUGUCACGAGCGAGAUGCGAUCUCUCGCAGUACAUUUGCGGUGCUUUGUACAAAUGUGUUAAAACUUGAUGUUGUUUGUCGCAACUUGUUUUUAAUUAGUUACUAUUCAUUUAAUUUGUACAAAGAAUUUUAAAUUUUAAAUUCCAUUAGCAGCGAUGUAGAACAUCGAUAUACGUUUUAUUUAUGAACGACGUACAGUUACAAUAAUAUCUUAUUUCAUAUUAGUUUGAACGUAUUCAGUAAAAACGUAACAUUCAGGUUUACUCUAAAAGUAAGAAUUUUGUGAUGUUGACAUGAUAUUUAUUGGUUUUGAAAUAUUUUGUUUUGUGAAACCUUUAUUCAUUUCAUCAAACGACGCCGGCAUUGUUAGUGAGUAAAGUUUACCGCACUGCCGCACUGCCGCACUGCCGCACGGCGCACUGCCUCUACAUCGGCCGGCUCACGUUGUGCCGAACUAAGUUAUUUAAAUCAACGAUGAAAUGAUGUAAAUAUUAAAUAAAUA